AUGGCGGCAAAUGCUCUAGAUGUGUACGAAGGCUUAGAAUUCGAGACUGAAGACGAUAAGAAGGACAUUGAUAUUGUUCUCCAAAAGCUACAGCGUUAUUGUAUCGGAGAGACAAACGAAAUCUACGAGAGAUACCGAUUUAACAAGAGAGACCAAGAACCAAACGAGUCUCUGGAUGCUUACGUCACGGCCUUGCGCACGUUGGCGAAGACGUGUAACUUCGGAGUGUUAGAGAACAGUCUAAUUAGAGACAGGAUUGUCAUCGGAGUAAGAGACAAUCAAGCUCGCAAGAAGCUCCUACAAGUCUCCAAACUCACAUUGAAGGAAUGCAUUGAUAUCUGUAGAUCCUAUGAGACCUCAAGCCAACAACUGAAAGAAAUUAAUCAGGAGGAAGUCAGCGCCAUUAGUCAGUCUCAUGAAAAGAAACCUAGAGAAAUUCGCUGCAAGUUCUGCGCCAAAACGCAUGUCUGGAACAAGCUUAAAUGUCCUGCAUGGGGGAAGACUUGCUCUAAUUGUGGCAUUCCAAACCACUUUGCGGUGGCCUGCAAAAACAAACCGCCUCCACCCAGUUCGGCCACAUCCUGUAAACCUCCCACACCGAGACACGUCCGCAAGCCAGUACAUGCAGUGGAGGAUUCUGACUUUGACGAAUAUGUCGCCUGUGUUGAUGUCAAGGAGCACGUCUGUGCGGUGGAAAAUCCUGAUCGUAAAGACAAACUGCUUGCGGUAAUGCUAUUAAAUGGUCAUAGAGUCCCAUUCCAACUGGACACUGGUGCAACAGUGAACAUCUUACCUGAAGAGUCUUUCAAAGAAGUAUAUGGUGAAGGCAGCCUAUCCCUGCUGGACAAUGCGGACGUAACUCUUGUUAUGUACAACAAAACUGAGGAGCCCAUUGGCAAGAAACGUGUCCAAGUUGUGAAUCCCAGAAAUGGAAGAAAAUACAGUGUGGAAUUUGUAGUUGUAAAAGGAAAAGGCAAUCCUCUGCUUGGCUUACGAGCCAGUGAGCAAAUGCAACUCAUCUCUGUGGUCCGACAAAACAUCAUGUCUAUUCAGUCUGAAGAGCCUUCGCAGAGCAAAACACCACUUACAGCAGAAUCUAUCCUCAAAGAACAAGCUGAUGUAUUCAGGGGAGAAGGAAAGUUAGAAGGUGAUCUCCACCUUGAAAUUGACCCGAACGUACCGCCAGUUCAACUCCCAACAAGAAAGGUGCCAAUCGCCAUUAAAGAAAAGCUAAAAGAGGAACUGGAUCGUUUGGAAGGCCUUAACAUCAUCACACCAGUAAAUGUUCCAACCUCCUGGAUAUCAGCAACUGUAGUCACUUUGAAGAAAAAUGGCAAUGUCCGACUGUGUGUGGACCCCAAACCACUUAACCAAGCCCUUAAACGCAAUCACUACCCGCUGCCGACAAUCGAAGAUGUCCUUCCUGAGCUCUCAAAUGCGAGGUGCUUUACUGUGUUAGAUGCCAAAAAUGGGUUCUGGCACGUGUCCUUGGACGAGGAGAGCAGCUAUGCAACCACAUUUGGUACUCCGUGGGGAAGAUACAGAUGGCUCCGAAUGCCAUUCGGCAUCUCACCAGCCCCUGAAGAAUUCCAGCGAAGACUGGAUCAGGCAUUAGCAGGACUGAACGGAUGCAAAGCGAUCGCUGAUGACAUCCUCGUAUUUGGAUGCGGAGCUGAUGAUGAUGAAGCGGUAAGAGACCAUGAUGAAAAACUCAUUGCUCUUCUCCAACGCUGCCGAGAUAAAGGCGUAAAGCUGAACAGGGAAAAGCUGCAGCUAAGGCUCAAGGAAGUCGCGUACAUGGGCCAUGUGCUCUCCGCUGACGGGCUACAACCUGACCCUGAGAAAGUCAAGGCAAUCAGAGAGAUGCCAACACCAACUGACAAACAGAGCAUCCAACGCCUCUUAGGGAUGACCAACUACCUGCAGAAGUUUGCCCCGAGACUUUCAGAGAUCACGACUCCCCUACGUGAGCUCACUAAGAACGACAACGAGUUCCUUUGGGAUGACCAAGUUCAUGGUGCAGCCCUGGAAGAGACGAAGAGGAUCCUUUCUACAACUCCAGUCCUAAAAUACUUCGACCCAGGUGCCACGCCCACACUACAGUGCGAUGCCUCUAUGCAUGGCCUGGGAGCAUGUCUAAUGCAAGAUGGACAUCCAGUCGCAUAUGCGUCCAGGUCCCUGACCCCCACAGAGGUCCAGUAUGCACAAAUUGAAAAGGAGCUAUUGGCCAUAGUAUUCGCAAUGGAGAAGUUUGAAACCUACCUGUAUGGUAGGAAAGUGCUGGUUGAAUCUGACCACAAGCCUUUGGAAGCGAUCUUCAAGAAAAGCCUCCUAAGCGCACCAAAAAGGCUACAACGCAUGCUUCUUAGACUCCAACGCUACGAGUUUGAAGUUUCUUACAAAAGGGGACCCUCCCUGCUUAUGGCUGAUCCCCUGAGUCGUGCGUAUCUGUCGCUUAAAGAAGCCCCUGAGGACCAGGAAGACGUCAUGACAGUCUCAGAAACAAGGUCGCCAACAGAGAUAGAAGCAGAGCAAGUAAACAUGCUACAGUAUCUUCCAGUGAAAGAUGAAACCCUCUGUCAAAUCCAAAACCUUACUCAAGAAGAUGCUAUUCUCAAGACCCUCGCUGGCGUCAUUAAACAAGGCUGGCCAGAAAGUAAGCUCCGUCUCCCAACGGAAGUUCAAGAGUACUUUCCUUUCAAAGAAGAGCUCACACUUCAAAACGGAGUUAUUUUCAAGGGAGACCGUGUUGUCAUACCAUUCCAAAUGAGAGCUGAGCUCAAAAGGAAGCUACACUCCAGUCAUCUGGGAGUACAGGCAUGCCAGAGACGAGCAAGGGAAGCUUUCUACUGGCCUGGCAUGUACAAGGAGAUUGAAGAAUAUGUCUCCCAGUGUGCAGUCUGCAAUACAUACCACCAAGGGCAGCAGAGGGAGCCCAUGAUCUCACACCCAGUACCAUCAAGACCGUGGCAAGUCCUUGCUGUUGACCUCUUUGAGCUCCGGGGCCAGGACUACCUUGUCACUACUGACUAUUACUCAAAUUUCUUUGAGGUCGACAAGCUUGUUACUAAGACAUCGAAAGAAGUAAUUGAAAAGCUCAAGCCUCAUAUGGCCAGACAUGGAAUUCCGGACAAGAUAGUAAGCGAUAAUGGCCCCCAGUUCAGCUCGCAGGAGUUUAAGAAGUUCAAAGACUUAUAUGAGUUUGAUCAUGUUACAAGCUCUCCCACUUACCCGCAGUCAAAUGGCAAAGCGGAAAACGCGGUAAAGACUGCGCAGCGAAUCAUGCUUAAGGCCUUAGAGGCUGGCAGUGACCCUUACUUGGGAUUCCUUGACUUCCGCAACACCCCCACUGAAGGACUAGGAACAUCUCCAGCGCAGCGUCUCUUUGGCCGCCGUACCAAAACACUCCUGCCUACCGCUGGCAGACUCCUGACACAACCUGAAUUUGACACCACUUCCCAGCUUCUUCAUGCUCAGAAGAACAAACAAGCCUUCUAUUACAACAAUGGCACUAAAGAACUCCGGCCACUUGAACCAGGGAGCACCGUUCGUAUCCAUCCACCCAAGUAUAGGCAUCAAUGGACACAAGCAACGGUUGACAAACAAGUUGGUGUACGUUCCUACCAAGUAAUUACUGAUGACGGAAGGGUGUAUCGCCGGAACCGCCGACACCUGCGUCUCACAGCUGAAGUUCCAAAACAAUCACUUCCUGACAUUGAGGUAUCUAGCUCCGAUCCUUGUCCCCUGCCCCUGACCAACGUUGAACAGGUACCACCAGUAGCUGAAUCAAUGCCCCAAGAGGUGGCCAAGCCACAAGCAGCACCAGGCCCUCCACCUGAUGACAUACCAAGUCCUGAAAGAUGCAGCUCCCGGGGAAGAGUCCUACGAAGACCAGCAUACCUCAGUGACUAUGCAUGCUGA